GCUAGAGGAAGAGAGUCAUACUGCAAGGCGAGUUAUUGAAAUAACUGAACCACCACAGCAGCCAUGACGUCCAAAGGGAAAGAAACAAUUGUCAGCAAGCUGGGUUUCAAAUCCAGCAACUCCAAGGCUGAGGCCGAGCUGGAGAAAGUCCGCAAGGAGAACGCUCACCUGAGGAGGAAGAUCGAUGAAGUGGCCAAACGACACGUCCGCCCCCCCGACUCAGACAACAGCAAGCUGCUGGAGAGGAUUCUUAACCUUGAGACGCUGCGGGAGAGGAACAACCAGCAAUUGCUGGUUAAAGAACAGGAUCUGGAAACUCUGAGACAGCAGCUGUCAGCUAGAGGAGGAGAGGUGGUGGCGUCACUGCAGGCCCAGCUGGAGCAGCGCAGGAAGGAGGCGGAGCGGCGGGACACGCUGUUCCAGAGCAUGUCACAGGAGACAGAGAACCUGAAAAACAAGCUGACGAUUGUCACCGCUCGCUGCCAGUCCCUGGAAACACAGGUGACGCAGAACGGACAGGCUCCUCCCGCCGACUUGGCUCUGGUACAAGAUCAACUGAGAGAUGCUCUUGAGAAGAACCAGCAGUGGCUGAUGUACGACCAGCAGAGAGAGGCCUACGUCCAGUCGCUCCUGACCCGCACGCAGGACAUGGAGCAGCAGCUCGCUCAGGCAAAGCAAACCAAGCAGGAGGCCGGUUCAGAUGCUUCUACAAACCCAGCAGGUCCAGAGAAGGAUGCUCAGCUGAGGAGCCAAAAUGAGCAGUUGCAGAAAGACCUCAAGAGCCAAAGAGAUGAGGUCACCAGAGGCCAGCAGGAGCUCAAUGUGCAGAGAGAACAGAAGCUGAAGGCUCAGACCGAGCUGCAGUCGCAGAAGGAGCAGGUGACCAGGCUCCGGGACGAGAUGCUGGUGCUGCAGAGGAGGCACGAGGACAAGAGCAGCCAGCUGUCGGCCUUCCUGGGAAAGUACGAUGACAAGAGCAAAGAGUUGGACGAGGUCAAGAUGCAGCUGCAGGCCGAGCGACACAGCAACAGACACGCAGUGUGCGAGGAGAGAAAGGUGUCGUCUGAGCGGACAGACCGGAUGAGAGAGGAACUGGAGAGUGUGGACGACCGACUGGAGGAGGAGAGGAAGAGAUCUGCUGAACUUCUCCUGCAGGUAAAUAUGCUACAGAAGUCUCUUCUGAGCCAGAAUGAGGAGCAGAGAAGAAUCACAGCACUGGAGCAACAGAUCCAAUUCUCGGCCAAGGACUUUGAGGAUGAAAAGAUAGAUCGUCAGAGCAUGCAGCACCAGCUGCACAAGGUGCUGAAGGAGCUCCGCAAGGCUCGGGAUCAGAUCGCCAAACUGGAGUCUGCAAAACAGCCCAACGCCCGUUUCUCCGAGCCCAGCUCCUACAACAGGUUUGAGUUUGAGCGUCUGACCAUCGAUGACCCCACGUCUCCAUCGAAAGUCUCCAACCUCCUGAACGAGAGUUUCCUCGAGUGUCCACAGUGUCAGGCCUCGUAUCCCACCAGCCGCCACAGGGAGCUCCUUACACACAUGGACUUCUGCCUCGCCUAAACUCACACAGGGUCCACAUCAGUGGCUUCCAGUCAUGCAACAUUCAUGACACAUACAUGUUUUAAUACUCCAGAUAUCUACAGAAACUUCAAAUAUAAAAAGGGAAAAAACUUCUACCUAACUGGGUCAUAAAGACACGCUGCCAGUAGCUGUUUCCA